ACGAGACUCAUGGAAUUACGCCUAUCACACACCAAAUUCAUGUUUCUCAUACCAUAAUCACCACUUUUAUCUCAAACGCCCAAUUCUCAUGUUAUCACACCACCAACCAACAAUUCCAUGCCAUAACUCAUUCCAAACAUACCAAUUUUAGUGCAUAUAGAUCAAGUAACCAUGCAUAUUCAAGACAUAUAGCCAAUCCAUGGAUAAAUUAAAGAAAACAUAAUCAAACCUGCACAAUUCUCGCUUAGGCUAUGAGCCUUCGCCCAAGCGACAGCGACUGCCUCGCUUAAGCUAGGCAUCCUCGCCUGAGCGAGUGUUGUAGUGGUACAGUGAGCACUCUGCGAAUUCUCGCCUAAGCGGGGCCUUCUCGCCUGGGCGAGAUCGCUCUUCGCUCAAAACGAAAGUCCCUCGCUUGGACGAGGAUGCGAGUAAAGAACACCACUGGUUUCCUCAAGGGCUCGCUUAGACAAGUCGUUCUCGCUGACAUCAUAGCAGUGGUACAUAAGGGCAAAAUUGUGGAGAAAGGAACUCAUGAUGAGUUAAUCAAGGAUGCUGAUGGUGCUUAUUCUCGGCUUGUUCGUCUACAAGAAGGAAAUAAAGUAGCAGAAGAAGUGAGCCGUAAGUCAGAAGCAGAUAAGUCAAAUAACAACAUUUUGAACCUAAGUCGGAGAACAUCCUUUGCAAGAUCGAGCAGUAGACACUCUCUCUCACUUAGUUUUGCUCUUCCUUAUCAAAUUCCCUUGCACGAGUCUGGAGUGGAGGAUAACGGGGAUGUUGAAAGUAGUGAAGUUGAUGAUAAGAAGCAUCAAAAGGAUGCUGUUAACUGUUUGGUCAAGUUGAACGAGCCAGAGGUUCCUGUCUUAGUACUAGGAUCCUUUGCAGCCGCAAUACAUGGUCUUACUCUCCCUGUAUUUGGACUCUUGCUCUCAUCAUCUGUUAACACGUUCUUUAAACCUCCUGAUGUGCUUAGGACAGAUUCUAUGUUUUGGUCAUUUCUAUUUGUUGGUUUGGGGAUUGUCGGUCUGGUGGCUAUGACAUUGCAAAACUACUUAUUUGGGAUAGCAGGUGGGAAACUUAUAGAGCGAAUUCGUUCAAUGGCAUUUAAUAAGGUUGUGCACCAAGAAAUCAGUUGGUUCGAUCAUCCUUCAAAUUCAUGGUAUGUUGAGGUGAUAAUUACUUCCAACUAUAAAAGACAAAAUAAACAUGCAAUCAUGUCAUAUAUUAAUUCCUUCAACUCAUCUAACUCAAAAAAAAAAUAUGGAUUUCCAUGCAGUGGUGCAGUUAGUGCAAGGCUAGCUACUGAUGCUUCAACAGCGAGAAGUCUCGUCGGUGACAACUUAUCCCUCAUUGUGCAAAACAUAGCAACAAUCACAACUGGUUUAGCUAUAGCAUUCACUGCUAAUUGGAUUCUGGCUUUUGUUAUUCUGGCUGUGUCACCCUUGUUGCUUCUACAAGGAUACCUUCAGACCAAGUUCGUAGAAGGAUUCAGUGCAGAUGCAAAGGUGAAUUAUGAAGAGGCAAGUCAGGUGGCAAAUGAUGCUAUUGGUAGCAUUAGAACUGUUGCAUCAUUCUGUGCUGAGCCAAAGGUGGUGGAUAUGUACAAGAAGAAAUGUUCAGGGCCAGAAAAACAAGGUGUUCGCUUGGGGCUUGUUAGUGGUGUAGGACUAGGCUUCUCUUUUCUUGCUCUAUACUGCACAAAUGCUUUCUGUUUCUACGUAGGAUCGCUUCUUGUGCAAGACGGGAAAGCAACCUUUGAAGACGUUUUCAAGGUUUUCUUUGCCUUAACAGUUACAGCAGUUGGUGUUUCCCAGAGUAGUGCCUUGGCUCCAGAUACUAACAAAGCCAAAGAUUCUGCAACUUCAAUAAUCAAAAUUCUUGAGACCAAAUCAGCGAUUGACUCCAGCAGUGAUGAGGGCAAAACACUAGACCUCAUAAAAGGUGAUAUUGAACUACAACAAGUAAGCUUUUGUUACCCAACAAGGCCUGACAUUCAAAUCUUCAAGGAUUUGUGUCUAAGCAUGCCAGCUGCAAAGACCGUUGCCUUGGUUGGGGAAAGUGGGAGUGGAAAAUCAACAGUGAUCAGCCUCAUAGAGAGAUUUUACAACCCUGAUUCUGGACGUGUGCUACUCGAUGGAGUGGAUAUAAAAAACUUGAGACUGAGUUGGUUGAGGCAACAAAUGGGUUUGGUUGGUGAAGAGCCUAUUCUUUUCAAUGACAGUAUUCGUGCCAACAUAGCUUAUAGUAAAGAGGGAGGUGCCACAGAGGAAGAGAUAGUUGCAGCAGCAGAAGCAGCAAAUGCACACAAGUUCAUAUGCUCUCUUCCACAUAGUUAUGACACCCCUGUGGGAGGACGAGGGACACAACUGUCAAGAGGACAAAAACAGCGCAUAGCCAUUGCAAGAGCCAUUCUGAAAGACCCCAAAAUCCUUUUGCUGGAUGGGGCAACCAGUGCACUUGAUGCAGAAUCUGAGUGUGUGGUUCAAGAGGCUCUUGAUAAAGUCAGUGUUAAUAGAACUACCGUUGUGGUAGCUCACCGUCUUCCAACAAUUAAAGGUGCUGACAUUAUAGCAGUCGUCAAAAAUGGGGUCAUUGCUGAGAAGGGGAACCAUGAAGCGUUGAUGAAGAUUGAUGGAGUUUAUGCUUCAUUGGUAUCUCUGCAUAUUAGUCAAUCAUAGUGUGAAAAAAAAAUGCCAGUGCCAUGUACAUUACACGUCACUAGAUAGCAUCAAAUUUUGCAACUUGAUCACUUCUUUUUUUCUUAAAUGACUUGAAAAUUCAUUCUAAAGUCUUGUAAACACAUCUAAAGAUCAUUCCCCAGAUUCUGGAGAGA